UCAGCCCUCCCUAACCCGACUUCCAUCCUCGCUCUCGAGUGCGAGAGUUGCGCGAGAUGGGUGGACAUCGAGUGAAGAACAAGUGGCACAGCGGCCGGGACCGGGACGUCUCUAUUCGAGCGUUCGCGAUCACGCAACAGUAGUAGACAGAUGAUAGAUAAUCGUCGUAUCGUCUGUCGUAAGUCAGCGAGGCGCGCGGCGAUCGGCCGACACGUAAACGCGAAAAAGUGGUUGGACUGGAUCGCACGAGGAGACCGGAGGUUGAAACCGAUUUCGUAAUGUGACACAUCACAACAAGUAGCAAUCUGUUAAAAAUGGCAGCAAUUUGUUCUGGACGACCUGGCUGGUUAGGAAAGCUAGGAAUAGCAUUGCUGGCCACUUGGUUUUUAGUCCUGAUUAUAACAAUUGUUCAUAUAUUUAAGUCCAACUCAUUGUCGAGCCGUGAUGCUGACACUGCCAACAAAGAGAACACGCAACGCCUAGCACAAAUGGUUAAUGACUUUGAAAUUCUAAAGAAGCAGAAUGAUGCUUUGAAGAACUUUAUAUUAGGAGAAGGGGCGAAAUCUAUACAAGGGGACCAUUUAGGCUCCAUACAAGACAAGCUCGAGAAAGCAUCGGUCUAUUAUGACCUAAUAGAUCAUCAAGAUGGAUCUAAACAUGGGGUUCCUUCCUCAGAAUAUGAAGAAUUGCGACGGCGAUUGAGGAACGACAUUCAGGAGAUGUGGUACUAUGUUAGUGCUGAGUUGAAUAAAUUCAAGAAGCACAUUGAUGAAUUUACAUAUGAUCAAAGAGAGAAGGAGAUACAGGAUGUGAUGAAAAAUGCAUGGGAGCAUAAGAAAUCACUUAUAAUAAAUAUUGACAAAUUAAAGAAAGCAGAUGGUUAUAAUGAAUGGCGGGAAAAGGAAGCAAAAGAUUUAUCUGAUCUUGUUCAGCAAAGAUUUAGAUAUUUACAAAAUCCUCCAGAUUGUAACAAGGCAAAGAAGCUGAUAUGUAGUUUAAAUAAAGGUUGUGGUUUUGGCUGUCAGAUUCAUCACAUCACAUAUUGCUUCUUAGUGGCUUAUGGUACAGAAAGAACAUUAAUAAUGAAAUCCAAAGGGUGGAGGUAUCACAAGGAUGGCUGGGAAUCUGUUUUUAAACCCCUCAGUGACAAUUGUUUGUCUACAACUGGUACUUCGCAUUCUAAUUGGCCUGGAGAUCCCUCUAAACAAGUGAUAUCUCUACCAAUUGUAGAUAACGUUUAUCCUAAGCCGAGGUUUCAACCACCCAGCGUACCUGCGGACUUAGCGCCAAGAUUAGAGAAAAUUCACGGUCAUCCUUUAGUUUGGUGGGUAGGGCAAGUGUUAAAAUAUUUAAUGCGACCUCAGGAUCAUGUAAAGAGAACGCUGGAAAAGGCAAAAGAAAGACUUGGUUUUAAGAAACCUAUUGUCGGUAUUCAUGUACGUAGAACCGACAAAGUAGGUACGGAGGCAGCUUAUCAUGAUAUAGAUGAAUAUAUGACUAAAGUGGAACAAUAUUUUGAUGAAUUUGAAACGAAACCGGACGUGAAGAGAGUCUUUUUAGCUAGCGACGAUCCGAAAGUGAUAACAACAGCUAGGAAACGUUAUCCGAAUUACGAGAUUAUAGGCGAUCCAGAAAUCGCUGAGACAGCAUCCGUAGCAAAGCGAUAUUCGGAUACCUCAUUGCAGGGAAUAAUUAUUGAUAUUCACCUUCUGUCGGAAUGCGAUUACUUGGUAUGUACUUUUAGUUCUCAAGUAUGUCGCGUCGCGUAUGAAUUAAUGCAAACCUUUUACGCGGACGCGUAUGACAGAUUUACAUCCCUCGAUGAUAUAUAUUAUUAUGGGGGACAAAAUCCACAUCCCCAUGUAGCAAUUUUGGAUCACAAACCAAGAAAAAACGGGGAAUUGGAAUUAAAAGCUGGAGAUUUGAUUGAUGUCUUUGGUAAUCAUUGGGAUGGUUAUUCUAAGGGCUACAACACCAGAACUAGCAUGACAGGAUUAUUCCCCAGUUUCAAAGUUAAAAAUCCUGUUGAUGCUGUCGAUUUUCCCAAAUAUUCGAAUAUUUCUCCAUUGGAAAAUAAAGACGAUUAAAUCAGAGUGGUCGAACCAAGUCUAACAAAAUGGAGUUUUGAGUAAAUCGUUAUUUCUUUGGAAUUCUUAAGAUAAUAAAGAUGAUACGAUGUAUAUAUUUUGCUACUUGUAAACUACAAUUUUAAUGCUUGUAAAUUGUCACAAAUGUCCAUGACUUGUCAAGUAAGGAAUUCUAUGAUUUAAUUUUAAAAGGUUUACAAUGUUUGUUAUAGAAUAGUAUAAUAGAAACACCACUUUCCAAACAUUUGAGAUUCUUUUUUUAUAUAACUAUAAAUUGAUACUAUAUGUAGAUAGUAUUUAAGGAUAAGAUAAUAAUUUGCGAAUAUAUGUAUAGAGCAAAGAGCAGUAUUUGUAAUAUUUUAAUAUAUUUUCAUUGAAGUUACGAAAUGUGAUUGUUAAUUUAAUCAAAGAGAUUUAAUUAAAAGAUAUUGAUAUUAUACUAAAUUAUUAUAUUUGAAAAUAUAAUGAUUCGAAAUGUAUAAUAUUUCGAUAUUCUUAAUAUUCUAUCGGCAAACCAAAUUUGUUCUAUAUGUACAUAAUAUAGAUGAAAUAGACUGAAAAAAGUUUACUGCGUAUCCCACGUUUGUGCCAAUGCAUCACACGAAACAUGUUUACAAGCUGAAAUUUAAUGUCCCUAAAAAAGAUGUAAAGAUACAAAUGUUUCUCAUUUAUUGCGCGUUCCAUUAUACUAUGUACAUACAUAAAUUCAUGGAAUUAUUUCGAAUGACUUGUUCAAUGUUCAUUAUCACAACAAUCAAAUUGUAUGAUAUGGGAUGUUCCACAGAGCCUAUGCUAUCAGUAUAUUUUGAUACAGUUUUAAAUAUAAUUUUAAAAGAGUCUUAAAGACAUGUUCAUGUGCGUGUAUGUGGUUGUAUAUUAUAUAAAAUACAGUAUUAAAUUAGAAAAAAUGAUUUUAUAGAAUCUCUAAAUGUUAUUUUCCUAAUAUGCACUUUAUUAUGAAUAAAUAUAUGAUCCCAAUUGUGUUUUAAAUUAUGAAUUAGAAAAAAAUAAAAAUUAUAAAAAUAAUUUUAAUAAACAUAAAUACUUGUAUUUUGUAAAAACACGCACGGAUUCACACACACGUGUCAAUUAAGAAAUUUGAGAUUGUGUCAUUAAAAUAUAGACUUUUGGAACAUUCUGUAUAUUUUCCAUACAUGUACCACACUUAGGCAGUUCUAAAGCUUAAUGUAUUAAGCGAUUUAUAUAAGAUGUUAUAUAUAUAUAUAUAUAUAUAUAUCAUUUUACAUAUGUAUGAAUAUAUAUGUAUAUAAGGCAUUCGUACGUGUAACAUCGAGCUAGGCUUGAGGCCUAUCUUCAACAGAAGAACUUUCCUUGUAUGCAUAUUGUAAUAUAUUUUAUACGCAAAACGCAAAAAGAAUUGUUACUAUAAAAUUUGAAUUUGAUUUUGACUAAUAAAUAUUUAAUUCACGAAA